AUGGUUUAUGAACAACUGAGGAUAGUCCUAAAAAAUGUUGGUAUACCUGAUAAAUUAGUGCGAUUAAUUAUGAUGUGCAAUGAACAGACUUAUUUUAAAGUACGUUUAUUAGGAGAAUUAUCAAUAAUAUUUAAAAGUAAGACUGAGCUGAGACAGGUAGUUGCAUUGUUCCCAACGUUGUUUAAUCUAGAUCUGGAAAAGGUGAUGAGAGAUAUACCGGACCUUAAAGAAAUGGAAACAGUAGGACCCUAUACACUACUCGUUUAUUUAGACGACAUCAUUCUACUGGGCGAAUUCAAAUAUGAUAUUGAAGAAAACGCAAAAAAGCUAAUGAAAUCUAGCUAUAAUAUGUGA